AUGGGCCCGAACCGGCGCGGGAGCAAGGCCGGACGGUCGGUGCCUGCAACCAGCGAGCGGCUGCAGCUCAACGGCCGCACGCGUGGAGCUGGGCGGCCGACGGGGCUGUUCCAGGCGGGGCAGCAGGCAAACCAGCUGACGCUCCAGAACUUCCUUGGGCAGAAGCGGGCCGCGCCAGCCGGCAGACUGCCGCAGGGCGGGAACGCCCCUGCGAGCCCCUCCCCGCCUCAAGCGGCCGCGACGGAGGGCGUGUCGACCAGAGCGCAGGCCCGAGCCGCUCAGCCGUCGGUCCCCGAGCCUCCCGCCCGCCCCGCUCCCGACGCUUCGCCAGCGGACGAAUCGGACUUGGGUUUUGAUCCCCAGCCUGCAUCCGAGCGCCCCGAAUGGGAGAUCCUGCCCGGAGGAAGGGCCAAAUGGGGCGUCAACUUCCCCACGUGGUGGGUGAUGAACUUCGGGUGGCACUUGCUCUCCGGCGCGCUGGACGGCGGCCACAUGGCCAAGCCAAUCCGCUUGGAGUACUUCACGGCAUACAAGGGAAUACCUGGCGUCAUGCUCGGGCCAAGCCUGGAGCACAUGUACGCAAACGGCGAGGGUGUAGACUGGGAGCACUGCCCCUCCAUGAAGCUGGGCCGCACGGUGCGGUUCCCGAAGCUGACGCCGAAGCAGCUCAUGGAGAUCCAUCCUGUCGUCUUCUUCGAGCCGGCGAUCUUCUUUUACAAGAUCCCAAGCUGUCGCGUGGUGGAGUGCCCGGGCUGCGGGGGGCGCGCCACGUCCAAGGGCCCGAACUACGGGCUGCACAAGCGCGUGUUUGACAUCGACCGCAGCCUCAUCACCUUCUCGCGGGAGUGGCUGUGCAACGCCUCGGAGACGAACGAGCUCACGGGCAAGCCGGGGUGCGGGUACGCCUUCAACCUCACGAACCCCGGGUACAUCGGCAAGCUACCUCCCGCUGCCAGGUCGGCCUACGACAACGUCGUCCUCCGGGACAAGAACUCAGUGACCCGGGACACGAUGGACCUGAUCUCUCGCAUCGGCGCCGGGACCUCCAUGCUGAAGGUGGAGCGAUUCCUCAAGGACGCCACGAUCACGCGGUACCUUCGCUUGCGGCUGUGGCUGACGGAGAUUCAGAUCACGAACGCCAUGUGCGCGGGCCACGACGGCAACUCCCUGUCCGACGUGCACAAGUACUUCGAGGCCAUGGACGAGCUCGUCGUGGACAAGUCGUGCAUCUCGGCGCGGCACAAGUUCUCGCGCGAGUCCAUCGCGCAGAUGCGAGCGCAGAGAAAGGCCGCCGGCCGACGGCGUCCUGCAGCAGCGGCACGCGCCGCCACCGAGCCCCGCGCGCCGGCGCCCGAGGUGGCAGCGGCGCCGCUGCCACCGCAGACCAAGAACGGCGUCGACGCCUUGAUGCGUUUUGCGGAGCCACUGCCGAACGACCCGCUGCGCGAGGACUUUGGCGUCGGCCACCGCAGCCCUCAGCACUCGAUGGAGUUCCUCGCCGACGCGUACACGACCUGGCAAGUGCGCGACCUCGCAGCAAAGGGCGACGAGAUCCCGGCGCGCCUACACAACGCGCUGCUUGAUCUGGCGGGGAUUCCCCCGGGCAAGCCACUGUUCGACCUCCCUGUGGCGGCGUACGUGGACGUCGAGGUGCACAACCCUGAUGGGCGGUGCGGCGCGACGGCCCAGACACUCUUGGCCUCCACCGUUGCCGAGAUGGAGAACGACUUGGCGUGGAUCAGAGGUGAGACGAUCGACUUUGCGUUCUACAGCUUGUACAACGAGAUGGAGGACGAGUGGGGGCAGCAUCGCGCGGGGGGUCAGCAGCUGCUGCACGACGUCCUGCUCGUCUCAACGAACGCGCUGGUGAACCUCAUGUGCCACUACGACACCCGGGAGUUCCCCGAGUACCAAGUCGCCACUGACAACACCCGCAAGUUCGUGCGCCAGCGCUGGUUCUCGGCCGAGAUCCUGGCGGCCUUCGGGUACCGCCGGCGGGCCCGCACGGCGGCGGUCGACCCAGCCACCGGCCAACCCAUGAUCGACGCGCACCGGGUCAUUCUGCCGGUCAACGCUUCCGCGCAGCCGGGCGGGUCCUGCCAGAACGGACGGAGGAAUCACUGGUACACCGUGGUCGUCGACAACGUCGAGGGAUCCAUCACGAUCCUGGACACCCUCCGCCGGAUGUACGUGAAGCAUCACGAGUGGAUGAUGUCCAUCCUGCCCGUCUUCCUGAACGACAUCCGGGCGGAUGCACGCCUGCCUGCGCGCCGCUGGACAACCGUCGUCCCUCAGAACUACCCGACGCAGGGCAACUAUUACGACUGCGGGGCCCACGUGCUGCAGAUGGCGGAGUGCUACGCACGCGGGCUGGUCCUGCUGCCCGCCAUGCAGGCGCCGCGCCACGCGGGCCCGGAGCAGCAGCUGCCGAAGCUCGCGUCUCAUCGCCAACUGGUCGACUUCGUCAACCGGGAAGGCGCGCAGGCCGCGAGGAGGGCCGUCAGACGGCGGAUCGUCGAGCAGUUCCGCCGGAGCCUGCGCAACAAGGACCCCACCGCGCUGCAGGCGAUGUUGGUGCUUUCCGAGCGUGCCAAAGCCCAACAUGGGAACGAUGCCGUUCGCGCGCGCGAGGUGCUCGUCAACGUCGCGGGCGACGACGUCCUGAGGGCGCAGCCGCUGGCCGACAUCCUGGCGGCCGCAAAAGCGCAGGGCCGCCAGCAGCGCAUUGCCGAACUGCGGCGAGCCAUCCCGAAGAUUCGCGAUCCAAGGCAUGAGCGCGCGCGACCGGCAGCUGGUUCAAAGGGUACUGCUUCGGACUCGGACACCCCCCCUGAGCUUGCUAGCGGCGGCGGCGCCGGGCACCCCCCAGCGCCGCCGGCGGCGGAGGCAGCCGACAGCGACGCCGAGGACGACGACGGCGGCGGCGCGCCCCCGCUCGUUCCCGCGCCUGAUGACGAGGACUUCGCGCGUGCGCGCAAGGACGUGGUGGAUCGCGCGGUGAUCGACAGGGCGGAGGCGGUCUUCGUCGAGAGGAUGAGCCAGUUCGAUUUCUACGGCGCCGAAGGCGACGGGGAGCCGAAGCCCACGCCGGAAGCCCCGCCAGCGAGCUCGGCCCCGGUGCACCCUCUCAGCCGCCGUGGGCUGCGCGCGCAGGCACAGGAGCACGCUGCCGCACAACGCCAUCGCGGGCGCCAUCGCGCGGCGCAUGCGGAGCAGCCCGCCGCGGCCCCCCGGGUCAAAUCCGAGGCUCCGGCCGCUGGCCCGGAUGCCGGCGCGCGCGACGAGGCCACGGGUGCGCGUACUGGUCCAGUCCAGACGCGCCUGCUGCACCACUGGUACUCCGCCUUCGACAUGGAGCAGAUGUCCGAGUUUGCGGACAAGGAGGGCUACGACGGCAAGUUCCUGUCGUACGGAGCCAUCAUGGGGCGGUACCUCGAGGAGUUCCUGCGCCUGGAGCCCUUCAUGAACUGCGUUCUGGACAGCGUGUGCGCCGAAUCCUACGUGCUGAGGGGAGACACAACUUUCAAGGUGGCCAAGGGGAUUCAUCUGGGCGGCGGACGCGUUUGCGACGGAAUGUACUUGGUCCUGAACGAAAUCGGCCAGGUCGUGGCGUACAACUUCGUCACGUCCGAGAGUGAUGCAGCGAUGCAGCCGAUCCUGCAGUCCCUCGCCACCCGGCUCAAGUACUUCCGAGCGCUCGAGGGCAAAGAAGGGGAUGGCAUCAAGGCGUUCUACGACGACCUGUGCUGUUUGCGCGACAAGCCCAUCCUGGCGGCCUUCCCCGACCUGAAGCUGGUCCGCGUGGACCUCUGGCACGCCAUGAACCGCGUGCUGCGGAAGACGAAAUCCAGUCACCCUCUGUUCAAGACUUUCAGCGGUAUGUUCGCCCUAUGCUUCCUCGAGUACGACCAGGGCGAUCUUGAGAAGUACAAGAGCUACAUCGACGCCGAGGCGCAGCGGACGACGGUGUCGAGACGUGCGAAACUGCCGCAGCCGGGGACUCCCCUGAGCAAGCUGCCGUACUACAAGCACUGCCGGAGGCAUUGCCGUGCGCGCGUGCGCCCGCCCGAGGAGAUCGAGCGGUGUCUGGAGAGUCUGGUGCGCGAGAUGGAGGAGCGCGCGGCGGGGGGCGAGCCGAUCAUCCAGUCCGACAGCGGCGACGGCGUCAAGCACAACCGCGAGGCGAUCGACAACCUGCUCGAGCACGUCAGGAGGGGCUGUCUGCAAGACUGGUCGGGGAGGCUCGAGGACAUGUACACGGUGGACCCCGGGAAGCACCGGUGCGGCCUGCCGCAGUACCUCGCGCUGAGGGGGUCCGGGUACAACGAGGCGCUUCACCACCGCCUGAACCAGGUCAUGCCUUCCAACCACAACAGCAUGCUGUUCACGCAUGCCAAGAUGCUGACGUCCAUCACGAUGUGGAACAAGGAGAAGGCGGACAAGCACACCGAGGGGGCCGUCUUGCCGACGACCGACCUCACGACGGUCCACGACAUCAACCAUCUGGAGGCCAGGAUUUACGGUCAGGCUCCCUACGCACACGUCGUGCGGGCCGAUCCGGAAGCACCGCAUGGUAGCCACGGCUUCGGCGAGCACUUCAAGGUGUUCGGCACGCGUGGAGAAGGGCUUACGACGCCGGAACACAUGGCGAUGAUCAACAUGCAGGACAAGCUGGACAACGUCCCGGCGGACUCCGCGCGGUACACCGCCAUGUCGGCGUCUUCCUCGCACGUGUGCGACGAGGAGCUGAGCCUCGACACCGCUGGCAUAGGCAGCUUGGACGCUGACUUCCAGGCAGUCAACAGCCAAUAUCACGCGAAGAAGAAGGAAGUGGCUGAUGCACUUGCCGCGCAAGAAGGUCCGAAGGGUGCGCGGACGCUGGUCGGGCACUCCUUGAAGCGCAAACGUCCGGCGCCAGACGAGGAUGAUCAGGGCGGGGGCAUCGUGACCAGGGGCGCCGCGAAGAAGACCAAGGGCGAGAAGAAGAGAGGCGGCACUCGGUACAAGUCGGGCAAGGGCAGCAGCAGGGCAGUGCGGCGCACGCCCGGCGUGGUGCGGCGCGCUGGUGCGUACCGCGAAGAGAAGAUGGGCGAAGGUGUGCCGGCGGCCAUGAAGGGCCAAAUCGGCCUGAGGCCGAAAGAUCCAAGGCGCGACCCGAAAGCGGUAUCGAGGGAGGAGCAUCUGAUGACACUGUGCCUGCAAGCUGAGCGGAACAACACGCGACGAGCUAUGCAGCUCUACAACGCCUACGCCCUUCACCGCGCCGACAACCCAGUCGAGUCGGAGCCGGGCGGCCUGCUGCUUCGGGACGAGAUCGACUUCGUACGCCUCGCUGCACUCAUUAAGGAGCGCAACAACAUGCAGGCAUGCCUUCACACCUCCAACCCCGGGCUCGUCAUCGAUGAGAUGAAGGCGUGCGUCGGUCUGGGCGCCAGCACCAUCCGUCACGGGGAGUCCCGGACAGUUCCAGCGCGCAUCAUCGCGGCUGGGGGGCCCGGCGCGUACCCCAGUGGUGUGCCGUGCUCCGCCAACUGGUAUGCCGGGGUGCUGGAGACUGAACGUGGGCGGGAUUUCAAGCGGCAAGCCGUUGCGAAGCGAGCGAAGAGGAAGGGUGACCCGCAGCGCUGCAUGUGGUGUCGCAAGCAAGUCGUGAAUGGCGAUCACGUCAUGUGCCGGUCAGCACUUGGCCUGGGGAACCCUUGGAUCAAGGGCAUUGCAGGCAAAAACAGGGAAAGGAAGGUCGCGGAGUUCCAGGCGUAUUUGCGCGGCAAGAUCGACGCCCUCAGCGAGCGCCAGAGGGACGUGCUUGCCAGAGCACCGGGAGGCCUGCCUGCGCAAGCGCAAGGGGAUGCUGGCGUCGUCGCCGCCCAGGCUGAGCCGGUGGAGCAGAAGCCACCGGUCGAGUGA